UGGAAGAUGUGUCACUGCAGUCAAGUCUUGCCAUUCAGAGCGAAAUCACACCUUUAGAUACAGAGAUGCUCUCAUCAACAAUGUAUAUCUCUGAAACAAGUGAUCUUUUAGUUUCUCAUGUCGAUACUACAUUACUGACGUCAAUAAACAAUUCCAAGACUGUUGAAGAUAUUUCUACAAAUAUUUUUGAAACAACAACAAUUUUGAGUGACAUGGUCUAUACUCCAUGGAUAUCUUCUUCCUACCCUGAACCAUCAAGCCAGCCUCUUUCAAGUCCUGUUUCAAGGUCAACAGUUAUGUUUCCAUCUGUUGCAUAUGGCACAAUGUCGAACGCCUUCCCAAGGACAGAUGACGUCACUACUGAAAUAUUUUCCACAGUAUAUUCUGAACUGACACCUCUAUUGAAGCCCUCAUCGGAAUUAGUUGGGUCUGAGAGAUCAACAAUCAUUGAUGAUAUUAUACCAACACCAUCAGAAUCAACUGGUAACAGAGUGAAAAGAAGUAUCUCCCAAGUGAUGUCUUCAGGAGGAAUGGAGUCAGACGUGGUGGUUUCAUGGCUCACUUCCGAAGUUGUUGAAACAGUGAUUUCAAGUGAAAAACUAAUGACAUCAGAUAUUUUAGGUUUUUCAAGUGGAUCAUCGGAUUUCAGAAUUUCCACAUUAUUCUCGGAUGGGAGCAUACAAAGCGAAUUCGAAACCUUGUCUCUCUAUGGAACACAGACCUUGGAAAGUACUCCUUCCUUCCAAACAAUAACACCACAAUCAGCUUCAGAAUUCAUAUCUACGUUUGAGGGCAGUUUUGGAGUAUCACCGGCAUCUGACUCCAUGAUUUAUAGUUCCGUAUUAGAAUUAAUCACAAGCGAAAUUACACCUUCAGUACCGGGAAUGUUCUCAACAGCGAUGGAUAUUUCUGAAGCAAGUGAUUUGUUACCUUCCGAUGUCGAUACUAAACUACCGUCGUCUAUUUGGAUAUCAAGGACUGUUGAAGAUAUGACUACAAAUAUGUUUGAAACACUGACAACAACAAUUAUGAGUGACAUGGUCUAUACUCCAUCGAUAUCUCCUUCCUAUCUUGUACCAUCAAACCAGCCUGUGUCAAGUCCUGUUUCUAGGUCUACUGUUCUGUUCCCCUCUGUUUCACAUGGCACAUUUUCGACUGCGUUCCCACGGACGGAUGACGUCACUACUGAAAUAUUUUCCACAGUAUAUUCGGAACUGACACCUUCAAUGACGCCCUCAUCGGAUUUGGUUGGGUCUGAGAGAUCAACAAUCUUUGAUGACAUCAUACCAACGCCAUUAGAAUCUACUGGUAACAGAGUGAAAAGAAGUGUCUCCCAAAUGAUGUCUGAAUUGGAAACCUUGUAUCUCUAUGAGACACUGACACUGGAAAGUACUCCAUCCUUCCAAACAGUAACACCACAUCCAGCAUCAAACUUCCAAUCAACGAUUGAGGGUAUGGCAUCUGAGUCCAUGGUUUAUAGUUCCGUAUUAGAAUUAAUCACAAGCGAAAUUAUACCUUCAGUCCCGGGAACGUUCUCAACAACAAUGGAUAUUUCUGAAACAAGUGAUUUGUUACCAACCGAUGUCGAUACUAAACUACCGUCGUCUAUUUGGAUAUCAAUGACUGUUGAAGAUAUGACUACAAAUGUAUUUGAAACACUAACAACAACAAUUAUGAGUGACAUGGUCUACACUCCAUCGAUAUCUCCUUCCUACUUUGUACCAUCAAGCCAGUCUGUGUCAAGUCCUGUUUCUAGGUCUACUGUUCUGUUCCCCUCUGUUUCACAUGGCACAUUUUCGACUGCGUUCCCACGGACGGAUGACGUCACUACUGAAAUAUUUUCCACAGUAUAUUCGGAACUGACACCUUCAAUGACGCCCUCAUCGGAUUUGGUUGGGUCUGAGAGAUCAACGAUCUUUGAUGACAUCAUACCAACGCCAUUAGAAUCAACUGGUAACAGAGUGAAAAGAAGCGUUUCCCAAGUAAUGUCUUCAGGAGGAUUAGAGUCAGACUUGAUGACUUCAUGGCUCACUUCUGAAGUUGUUGAAACAGCUAUAUCAAGUGAGAAUGUAGUGGCAUCGGAUACAUUACCUUUCACCAAAGGAUCAACGGAUCUCAGCUUUUCCACGUCAUUCUUUGAUGGGAGUAGACAAACCAUAUUCGAGACAUUGUCUCUCUAUGAGACACUGACAGUAGAAAGUACUCUAUCAUUCAAAACAUUAACGCCAGAACCAUCAUCAAACUUCCAAUCAACGUUUUGGGACAGUUUGGUUACCCCCCAUCCAACUAACACCAUCGGGUAUAGUACUGUCUUAGAUUUAAUAACAAGCUAUGUCAGCGUUUCAGAUAACUUAGUGAGAAGUUCUAAACCUUUUGAUUCACUUUCAUCCUCCUCGCCCUCCAGCAUCCUGUCAAUAUUUCCUUCUGAGGAUCACAUUCUACGAUCUUCAACUGAUGAAACUAUUCUUAUGUCGACUGAAUUGGUUUACUCCACAAUUGUUCCCACGUCUAUUUCACCAAGCUGUGCGUCACCAGCUCAUUCGAAGAUAUGUUUCUCUUUCGCUUCUUCUGGUAUAUCCUGCACCUGUACGAAUCCUCCGCCUUCCCUGCCUCCAAAUUUCUGUUCUACGAUCAACUGUGGUUCAUCGAGGAUAGCCCCUACAACUAUGCUGCCAUCCGAUUAUUCUAUAGACGAGUCGUUCAUCUACGAAACAGUCGUAAUAACAACGGAAGUCUUGAUUUAUCCCACUCCUGACACAACUCAACUUUUGCCAUCCUAUGACGUCUCCUCCAUAAUCAGUCAAAGCACAAGAUUCUUCACAGAUUUUUCAAUCUCCAGCGAGAUUUCACUGCCAGAAACAACCAUUGGUCUAUCACAAUCUAACUCGUUUGACAGCGGGUUUCGUACUUAUACCUCCAGUCAAAUGGAGUCCCUUGAAACUCAAUUUGAAACAACCUAUAUGGUGGAAACAUCGGAUAUAGCAUUCCCUAGUUCUGAAAUCGUAUCUUCAAACCUCGAGCCUUCAUACACCUACACUUCACCAUCAUCGGAAUUAACCCCGUUGAGCACAUUAUUGGAUCGAUCUAUUGUUUCAGAGCCUCCAUUUACCAGUGUAUUCGAAUCACAGACUUUAGACAUUUUCACCAGCUUGGCACCAUCUAUUGAGACAUCAUACUCCUUUCCUUACCCAGAAUUUUCUAGAUCAACCUUAAUUCCAGACAUUAGUGAAAUGGAUUCAAUAUUCACUGAUGUAUAUUGGACUGACAUCUAUGAAACAAUCACGACAGAAGUGUUUGAAUAUAUAACUACAGAUGUAUACGAUAGUCUGACAGUUAGUACAGAAGCCGAAGUACAUCCACCCAGUACUAUAUUCUCUAGAACAAGUCAACCUAGUUUUCAGACACAAUCAACCCUGCAGCUUACAAGUCAAGAUCAAACUUCAUUGUCAUCAGCAGUCAUGGAAACAACUAUUCUUCCAAUAGAUACCAGCGUUAGCUAUAUCUCAUCAAUAAUAUACACAUCACUUGAGGAGUCCCCAGUAAUACCCAUUACUUCAAGUGUUAUUUCAGAAACUGAUAUAACUACUGGUGUAUCAUCCUUUGCCGAUUCGACACUGAUAUUUAGCAGUGAGGACAGAGUAACUUCUUUGGAAACGAUUACAUCUUCGCUCCUAUACAGCACAGAUGUGGAUUUUAGUACAGUUCUUGUCAGCGAUUCAUUGACUGGCAUACCGUCCAUGGCCGAUUCUACGGUGAUGUCAAUUAGUAGUAUGGAGACACCUUCUUUGGAACCAAGUACACUAUCGUUCCUGUACAGUACGGUUGAAGAAUUUAGCACUAUCAUAGUGACUGAUUCAUUUCCGGACUCGACGAUGUUGUUUAGCAGUGAGGUUGGAACCGCUUCUUUGCUACCAAUUUCACCAUCGUUCUUAUACAGCUCUGGAGUAGAUUUGAGUACCAGUCGACCUACUGGUUCAGCAAGUGAUGCUCCCACCAUGGGCGACACGACCCUGAUGUUCAUUAGUGACAGUCUGACAACGUCUUUGGUACAGAUUCCGUCAUCUUUUAUGUACUCCACUGUUACAGAUACGAGCACCAUCCUCGUUACAGAUACAGUCAAGGAUGAAUCCACAAUUGCGGAUUCAUUUUCUGAAUCAAUGAUAACCAGUAAAGAGACUGAAACCACUUCUUUGGAAUCGAUUCUACAAUCCUUGGUAUAUAGCACAGUUACGGAUUCGAGUUCUAUUCUUAUAACCGGUACAAUCUUUGAGGAGUCAUCAAUGUCGCCCUCUACGGUGGAGUUUCACCCUCCGCCAUCAACCAUGUCAUUCUCAUCAAGCCUUAUGCCGAGUAUGCCGACAUUUACACCAAUGGUGCCUUCGUCCUUGCAGACACCCUACCUUGAUACAUCAUCCAUUCUAAUAACCACCAUGGUAGAUAUAGAAACCCUGUUUUCAACGAGUAGCUCCGAUGGGUUGUCUUCAUUCCCUACGGACUUUCCUGAAAUAUCUGUGACUCGUGUGUCGUCUACUUUUGUGCCAUCCGAUUAUCUCACAGAAACACUAGUCACAUCCAACAUUGUUUCUGUAAACACUACUGAUACAUUACCAGGGAUAAUAACAAGGUCAGAAUACUCCACUCUCCUAACCAUAAGCAGUGAUUCCAUUGUUCAAUCCUCACCUAGUGCAUCAUUUGAAAUAAUAACAACCGAAGUUGUAGACCCCGCUGCUUCUUCAGAACCGACGCCAUCGGAGUCUCUUCAGAUAACAAGCUUGGACACUUCCCUGUAUACAACUUUGCAGGAUACGUUAGUCAGUGACACAUUAGUUAUACCGUCAACGACUGUACUGGAAUAUUCAUCCAGUGGCCAAAUGACUCCAAUCAUCCCACCUUCUUCCAGUCUAAUGCCCGGAGUGUCAACAUCAGACAUCUAUGAAACCGUUUCAUCCGCAACAACAGAUUACAUGCCACCACCCUUUAAUACAUUCGAUAUUAGUACAUCAUCUAUUGGUAUCUUACCAAGUCCUUCAACACAUGUAGGUGCUACGUCAAUUAGAACAACUGCUGAAGCUUCAACUGACAGUUCUAGUUUCCUAGAAACCUUGUCCAUUAUCACACCAACAAGUGAAUUGUACCAAACGGUAUCCAGUCCAAUGGCUACAGAUAGUCCUUCAAUAUCAAGUAGCGAGAGCAAUCCUCUUAAUUCCAUUCUCACGCUGGACUACAGCUCUUUUUCCACACCGCCAUUUACGACAGUGACUCCUUUAGAAACAACUGAUUAUGUGAUACCCACCACAGCUGACACAAUCACACCUUUAACACAAAUAUUUUUUUCGACAGAGAUGGCAUCUUUACCAUCGAGUAGUUACGCGGAGAUAGAGACGUCAGCUCUAAAAAGUGAAGUAAUAAGAGAUACAUUCAGUCGUGGGUACUCGAUGAUAUCAUCGGUUGCUCCUACGUCAACAAUCCUAGUCCCAAGUUCCACUGAUCCUAUCCUGAGCGAAUCAAGCAGAGUGUUAGAGUCAACAACGUUGCCAGAAAGGUCACUUUUGACUUCUUUCCCAUUUACAAUCCCCAGUCUAUCACAGUCAGAAAAAUAUCCAUCUACAUUUUUUACACCAAGCGAAUCAGUCCUGUCAACUAGUGCGGAAUAUCAAGCAACCGCUUCAGUGAUCAUGUCGACAAGAUCUCAGUUGCUCACAUCGAGUAUCCCACCUACAACUCUUCCUGCUGCCACGACAACUGAAUCUCCCAUCGAGGUACCCUCUGAGUUUCAACUAACGAUGGAUAUGAAGGUUUCUACCUCUGAGGACAUCAUGGCUGAAGAAUUUUCUGAUAAUCUCUCCAACAACCUUGAAAUCCUGUACAUAGAAGCUGGAAGCAGUGUUCUUGAAAGGCGACGUAGAAGUAACCCGGAAGUAGACUUGCCUUUUGAAGUACCUUCAGACGAGGAAUGGAUAUUCACCAGAAAGCAACAAACCUAUGGAGAACGUAAUAGAAGGCAGCUUGUAGCAUUCCAAGGGAUGCACGAAGCCAAGGUGCAGCCCGUAUUUCAGCCGUCAAAAGGCGAUUCUUCUGCUGAAAUAGAAUGGAUGUUCGUCUCAAAGCAGAUUGGCAAAACAGGUGCAGGGCUAGACGUCACAGGGGAAACUAAUACUCGGAGGAAAAGGCAGACUGAUCUUUCGGAUGAAGUAGACGUGCCGAUAUUGACGUUGUCACGUUCUAAUGAUGUUGACCCGGAGACCGUUACUUUGACCUUUUACGUAACGGAAAAUGAUACAAUGGUUUUAGCUUCUGAGGCAGCAUCCACGUACGGCAGUCUGACUGAAGCGGAGAUGAGUGCCCAGUUAGGUUACGCUGUAAGAAGCAUGCCACACCCAGUAGUACCGGCCCCAACUACUACCCUAGACUACCCCUACACCAUACCACCCGCCAACCAGGCCGACUGGCUAAAGGUAGCCCUGAUCAUCGAUACUGCCUUUGACGAAACCAAUGCAACAUUUCAGAAGCAACUGCGGAACGACCUGGAGUUCCUCUACGUCAAUGGCAGUGCUAUAUUAGAGACCAAUUCAGCAAGGACAAGACGGGAUGUUAAGAUGGAGUAUCUAGAAGAUAUGGUCUUUCAAGGAGACAAUCCGGUUCGGGAAAGGAGAGCUGCAGACCCAAGCCCCUUGACGGAAGUGGCUCUGGAAUCAGUCGAUCGGUCACAAGCUGAUGGAGAGGACGUUGAUGUGGUGUUCUAUGUCGUUGAUCAAGGAAGUGUGGUUCCUGGGGCUACAGCCUUGAUUCCAUACCAGCAGUUCAGUCUUCUGGAGCUAGAGGGCGUUCUAGGAUAUCAGGUGGUAUCUCCAGGGGUGACCCUCUUCUUGACUGCCACGCCCACUGGUCUUGAUUGGUGGUGGUAUCUCCUGAUAGCCCUUGCAGCUCUCUUUCUUCUUAUAGUCAUCUUCCUCAUCAUCUACUACUACUGCUGGUCUAAGAAAACAGCAAUUAAGUCAUUGGAUAAAGUGGACCGUUCCACAUCAGUUGAGCUUGGAUUCCUUCGACUCGAGAAGGAAACAAAGCCAAAACUCGUUGUCAUGGAGACAGUUCUUGAGGAGAAAACUUCCAAGAGAGGCCAAGUUAACGGAAGCGCAUCUCGAGAGGCGGACAAGGAAAGGCUUACAGAAGAUGGGACUCAAAAAUAUAAAAGGAAAAAGAAAAGCAAACGAGCAAAGGAAUCAACGAGGGAGUAUGCUAAAAGAGGCUAUUUGAGUGAUGAGGAUGACCAGCUGUUCAGUCAUGUCGACGUCCAUGCGACCAAGCCAAAGACCAAGAAACCGCUAGGUGCCUCGAGAGUACAGAACAACAUGGUUUACCCUGAAGCCGAGAGACUCCCGCCACUCAAACACCGAUCACUGGUAGCCUACUCGGAGACCGAGAGUGAACUUAGUAACGAGCAACUUCGGAUGAUGAGAAGGGCGGGGAUGCCGAAGUCCUGGUAUACUACACAUAUUGACAAAGAUCCGGAGGAACUGAAGAAGGACAUCGCUAGAGAGAAGAAGAGACAAAGAAAGAAGAAGGAAAAGAAAAUCCAAGACCAACUGACAGCAGAGCAAAUGCAAAAAGAGUUUGAUGCAGUUCUUGAUGGAAUGGAUGAACAAGGAAUUAAGAAUCCAACUGCAAGACAGCUGCAAUAUACAAGGACGGAUCGUUGGAAACCUAAGGUUGUGAAGAGGAAAAGUGAAAUUCCUGAAUCAGCAGGAGACAUCGACGAGUCUGCAGUGAGACUGAUCAGAACACGCCCUCUGGAGUCUGAGGCUCCACCGGUGCCAAAUCAUGAAGAUAUCAAACGGGAAAUCGUGGAGCUUCUGAAAAGAGGUCCUCCUAAAGCUGUCCGAGGACCUUUCUCUAACACAGCAUCAGUGUCUCAGGAGGAAGCUAAAGAGGCUGUUGAGAAGAAGGAGAGGGAGGUCAGACUUCGGAGAAAAUGGGCCGAGGAGAGAAAGAGACUAAACCGCAUUUUAGAUGAAGCCUUUGCUCUGAGUUCCACUAGUCUAGGUAAUUCAGGAGAUCAAGCAAAAGGGGACACGGCAUCUGGAAGCAACGGGAAUGACAGUAUAGGAGCCAGAGAGUUUGGUAAAGACUUAGAAGACUCGGGUUAUCUUCGACGUCAUGAUUACUAUGGUUAUAAUAGACUGGAUGAUAGCAUCAUACCUGGCAUGAUUCCUGGAAGGCUGUCCAUGUCAGCUCGGAGCAUCCCUCUUUAUGAGACAAGCUUUGGACUUGAUAGUGGUGAGCACCUCUAUGACUCGAUCCGGAGACCGCCCAUAGAGUACGAGUUUCUGCCGUCGCAGAUGCGAUCUGAUGGCACCGUACCUGCGUAUGGGGUUAGCGUUUCUCCGGUUCGGGCGCAGAGGGCGCGUGUCUCGCCGUAUCCUGUGCGGGAUUUUCUUGGUGUUGACCCACACAGGAGCUUGAACUCUUCUUUAAAUAGUAGCCUACAGCCCAUGCAGAUAACACCCCGGAAUCAACAAAUGGAUAGAACUAUAGAAAACGACCAUCAUUAUCAGAAUGACGAUCGAGGGCAAGACAUUAUCCGUGUUCAAGAAGAGAAUCUGUCACUUCAAAGACUUGUAGCUAAGCAACAGCGGGAGUUAGAUCAUGCUCUAGCUCUGAUUGGACAGCCGAAUUCCAGAAUUGACCAACCACAGAAGAGUAGCAGUAAGGAGGAGAAGGUUGGAUCUAAUGGUCGAAAACAGCGUAAGAUCGUUCCAGUUAACUCAUCAAAACCUCUCAACGGCCCAAGUUCAGUAUCAGCUUGGACGGAUGACCACAAGGCCGUAGAGAAGAAAUCCCAUCCACUGACCUCAACCCCCAACAAAGACAACCUAAUUAAGGUUAAACCAAAGCCUUCACAGAAGGAGGGGAGUGUAGUCUUGGAACACCAUAUAGAAAAGCCAGGUAAAGACUCGGGAAGUGGUAAAAUCUAAUCAGCAACUCAGUAAGCAGCUGAUCGAUGCACAAUCAAGCAGAAAUGUCAGGGCAUUAUACAAAAUAUAAGAAAACCUACAAAGUACGACUGAAAUAAUAUGGUUCUAAUGUAGAAGAGGCUAUUUUUAGUUUGUACAAAUACGUAGAGAGUUAUUAUCCUUCUUAAUUGAAACCAAACAUGACUCAGUGUUGCUUUAUUGCCGGCUCAUUGCAUUAUGCAGGAGGGGGGGGGGGGUUCGAAGGGAGAGAUAAGAAUGCAUACAAUGCUUGAAACCCAACAAAAGCUGGGGAAUAUUUUACAAAAUUAAACAAA